AUCUCAAAAAGGGAAAUUUAUGGUGUAGCUAAAAAAAGUGAAACAUUUUAUCUUGUAAAUAUUUAACGUAAUUUUUGUGGAAAACAAAAGAAUACCAUUUAAAAAAUAAACUCAGUGUUGAGACGUUUUUUUUGAAGUUUUCGCGGGUGUUUGAAGGAUUGAGCAUAAAUUUUUCAAAAGAAAAAUGAUUUGGAGUGAUAUAAAGUGGAUUUCAGUUGCACUUGUGAGCCUUGUUGUGACAUCCACUGUGUACAGUGAUGUGCCACAAGAGAGUGAAUCUGUGCAAACUUCCACAAAAGUUCAGGAACAGGAAUCACAAAAGAAACCACGGAGUUUCCUCACGGACUAUGUGAUAAAGAAUCAGGAGAUGGAUGUAGGUGGUAAUGUGGGUAUUGUUGACUCGAUUCUCAUACAGAGGAUCACUGAAGGCACUAAAGCUGUCAAUGAAGGAAAGUGUCGAAAGGACCUCAAUGAGACACUCGAUGCUCUUAACAGAGGUGACAAGUGGGCACUCAAGAUGCUCGAUGCUUCCGUGAAGGUACCAGUUGGAAUUUACUUUGGGGAUGUGUAUCAGUUUGGUGAUUUUGAUGAGUGCGUGACAAUUGAGUCACCUGCCGACUCAGACCAUCGUCACAUUCAAGCUCAAUAUUGCCUAGCGGAUGUUAGCAUCGAGGGCUACAGAGUUCCCGCCACAUCUGCACGAAACCGAUCACGGGUAGGAGUGGGUGCACAAGUUCAUUGGGGCAUUUGCCUUCCUGCCUCGUGUACCGUGAAAGAUGUUGAAGGAUUUUUGGCCACAGCAGUGGGACAUAGAGUUCAAGUGAAUGAGAAAUUUUGCCACAUUGAACGACCUCUCGAGUUCAGCAAUAGUGAGGUGCUCUUCAUCUGCGUUCUCACGAUGUUCGUAAUGAUUGUUAUUGCAAGUACGGCACAUUCCAUUUACCAGUACUGCCACAAUGACAUCAAUAAACCACGAUUGCCACCGCUCUUUAGUGCAAUACUUAAGUCAUUUUCAAUUACGGAGAAUCUCAUAAAAUUGGUAAAAAGAGGAUCUGAUGAUUUAGGAUUGGGCUGUGUCAAUGGAAUCAAAACUCUUGCUAUGACAUUUAUAAUCGCCGGACAUGCAUUGGCUUUCAUUGUCGGUGGACCAGUUCAGAAUCCAGAUUUUUUUCUGAAGCAAAGCCAAUAUAUGCAGAAUGCCUUUUUGCUCAAUUCACCGCUCCUCGUAGAUACUUUCCUUCUGCUGAGUGGCUUCCUCUUCGCCAGACUAUUGCUCGUGGAGUUGGAAAAGCGAAAGGGAAAGGUGAAUUUCGGCUUUCUCUACAUCUUUAGGUAUAUUCGCCUCACACCAGCUUACAUGGCUGUGCUCUUUCUCUACAUGGUGAUGCUGCACAAGCUCGGCUCUGGCCCACUGUGGGAUGCUCGUAUUGGGCUAGAGCAGGAGCGAUGCUCAAGCUCGUGGUGGAUUAAUCUUCUCUACCUUAACAAUUAUCUUGGCAAUGAUAAAUUGUGCAUGUUCCAAUCUUGGUAUCUUGCGGCUGACACUCAACUAUUCAUCCUUGCCCCAUUGCUGCUGUAUCCACUGUGGCGGUGGAGAAAGGUUGGCAUCUACCUUUUUGCAGUGUCUGCCACAGUAUCCGUUCUCAUUCCCUUCGUUGUGACUUACGUGAAUAAUUUGGAUCCCACUUUCCUAGCUUUUGCUGAUGAAAUUGCCGAUUUAUCGGAAAAUUUUUACUUCAUAAAUUACUACAUAAAGACACAUAUGAGAGCGACAGCAUACAUCUUCGGUCUCCUCACGGGAUUCAUUGUGCACUACAUGCAAGAGAAGAACCUGAGAAUAUCUACAAAAUGUCACUAUUUUUGUUGGUCAAUAGCUGUUUUCUUUGGUGCUGCUUCGAUGUUUUCUAUUGUGAUUUUCUAUAAUCCCAAUUAUGAAUUUACACGUAUUGGAAAUGCAUUGUACGCGGGUCUGCAUAGGAUGGGAUGGAGCUUUUUCACAUCAUGGAUUGUCUUUGUGUGUGUCACGGGUAGAGCAAAACCUCUUCACAGAUUCCUCGCAUCUCGCAUUAUGGCACCCUUCAGUCGACUCACGUACUGCGCCUACCUGACUAAUGGACUUGUGGAGCUUUAUAUGGCCACGACCAUCCGUACACCAAAAUACCUCACGGUUCUCAAUCUGCUGGGUGAUGCCUUUUCGCAUACCAUCCUCACAUUCCUUGCCGCACUCAUCUUGUGUCUUGUAUUUGAAUCACCAAUUCACGGUAUUGAGAAAAUUCUCCUUCAACGUGAUCAACAGAAGAGAAAGAGAACCAACAAUAGUCCCAGUACAUCUGAGGAAUCUGCAUAGGAAUUGAAUGAACAGGGGAGGGCCUGACCGUUUGUAAUGUCUUUCACCUCAUUUCUAUGGAGGAAAAAUUCAUGGGUCGUUCGCAUCCCCUUCUCAACCAGUAUUUAAAUAUAUAUUACAUGGGAAUGUGGCCCAAUUUGGACCUUUAACCACCUUUUUUCAAUCCAUUAUUUCUUAAUAUCGAUAAAACUUUAAAUACAGAAAGUUAUGGGAGUAAAAAGGGCAUUAAAUGGACUUUAAAAUUAAAUCACUCAAUCAUUCUUCUACUCUAAUAAAAGCUUCGGAGGUUCGGAUUGGGCUACAUUCCCUUACAUACUAUCUAGUUAUAUAUAAUUAUUUUAAGUAUACUAAAGGUAAGAUUUUCUCUGAUGACAAGUGUGAUAGAGAAGAUGUCUGAAUAAUUAUCAAUUAUUAUACUGAACCUCAUCCCAUUUUUGAGGAAAAAAACCUUUUUUUAUGGGAAAGUUCAUGAAAAAUUUAUAUUUAGGGUAAUUAUUGCUUCUUUCUUUCUUGAUUUACCAAUGAUAUUCAUAGUAUAUAAUGGUGUGUAUAAAAUGUAUCUUUUAAGUAGCUUUAAAUGUCCUGUAAAUAUUUCUAUUUAUUUACAAUAUGUUAUACCCGUCUCUUUUCUUUUAUUGAAGAAAGAAAAAAAAAUGUUCAACUUACUUUAUUAACAGUCACAAACGGAAGAGAUAAAUAAAUUAUUGUUGUAAAAUUUA